AGGUCCCAGUACUGCCUGGAGACAGACAAAACCUUUUUCCCCUUCAGGAUCAGAAUGCCAGUGGAAGAGAACUUCUACCACCAAGUAUGAAGCUUUCUUGUACCAGCAACACCUUUUACUUCUUUCUUCUCUGUGUCAUUGUGCUGCCCAAAGCAGGAACCCAAACCUUUUGCUCAAAUCAUUGUGGGAGAUUCCUAACGACCUGCUCAUGUCAUGCAACCUGUGACAGCCUGGGAAUUUGCUGCCCUGAUUACUGGGAAUUCUGUGUGAACAUCUCACCAUCCUCGGGUACCCUGCUUGGUGGAAAAGAUUUCACUCUCCUAAAUGUGACCAUUAAGGCACGCGUUCCUGUGACAUGCAGGUUCGCCAGGGCAACAGAGACCCAAGGCUAUAUUGACAGUCAUGGACAGAUACAUUGCAUCUCCCCUUUGCUCUAUGAGAUUGGCAUUGUUAGCCUGGAAAUUUCUCUUGAUGGUGGACAGACAUUUCCUUGGUCAGGUUCUUGGAUUUCAGUUCAUCAUAAUAAAGUUUCCUCUUUGGAAAAAAGCACGUUGGUGAAUGAAACCAAGUGGCAAUACUAUGGCACUCCAGGGACUGGGGGACACCUGACCAUCACAUGGAACCACUACGUGCUUCAAUCCAGCCAUGUUAAUAUAGAAGCUUGGGGAUAUAAUGAAACAGGCAAGCCUUAUUCCAACAACUGGGCAGCUGAGUGGAAGUACCUUUACACUCUGAAGCGGAACUACCCAAACACAGGACAGUUCACAUUUUUGCCUGUUCCUUCUGCUCAGUACAGUGGCUGGGAAGUGGGUGUGCUAAGGAUUUCUUCCAAUGAUUCUUCUGAAGGCCAGCAAAAUGUGGCUGCCAUCUGGAGCACAGAGCAUGCAAUGGCCUGGCACUUGGAGGAGACCUUCCAGAAGGAUUCUGCUGCCUGGGCUGAAGCCAAGUGCCACCAGUGGGACAGGAAAGAGGUGGACCUGCCCAAUUUUCUGGAGGAGAUUCUGGAUUGUCCCUGUACUUUGGCCCAAGCCCGUGCUGACUCAGGCCGCUUUCAUACGGAUUAUGGGUGUGACAUAGAAAACGGAAGUGUCUGCACGUAUCACCCUGGUGCAGUGCACUGUGUGAGGAGCAUUCAAGGCAGCCCACGGUAUGGUGCAGGGCAACAAUGCUGCUACGAUGCUUCUGGCACCCAAGUCCUCACGGGGGACUCCAUGGGGGGGAGCACACCAGACCGAGGCCAUGACUGGGGAGCUCCUCCUUACAAGAAGCCCCCCCGCAUCCCAGGCUUCUCCCACUGGUUGUAUGACGUCAUCAGCUUUUACUACUGCUGCCUCUGGUCUGACAACUGUCCCUUUUAUUUCAAGCAUCGUCCCUCAAGUGGCUGCAACAGAUACCACCCACCUCGUGCUGCUUCAGCUUUUGGAGAUCCUCAUUUUAUCACUUUUGAUGGUGUCAAUUUCACAUUCAAGGGCCUCGGUGAAUAUUUGGUGCUGGGAUCAAAGCUAACAUCCUUGAGAGUCCAAGGGAGAACCCGUCCAGCUAAGCUGCCAAAAGGAGAUGAAGCAGGAGUAGAAGCAAAGGUGACGGGCUUUUCAGCCAUCGCCAUGCAGGAGAAUAACUCAGAUGUCGUUGAAGUACGCAUUCCAGAAAAUUCCCAUGAGCUGGAAGUCCUGCUGAAUCAAAGGGCACUCAAUUUUUCUGAACAAACCUGGAUGGAUUUAAAAGGUCUUUUCCUCUAUACCACCCCUGGGCAGAAUGUCACUGUGAUGUUCUCUUCCGGAGCUGGCGUAGAAGUGAGUGGCUAUGGAGGAAGGGUGUUAAGUGUGACCAUUUUGCUGCCAGAGGCAUUCCAGAAUCACACAGAAGGGCUCCUUGGGUUGAUGAAUGGCAAACCUCAGGAUGAUCUGACCCUUCGCAAUGGAACAGUCCUAGAUGUCAGCAGCAGUGGCCCCCAAGAACACUUUACUUUUGGAGCAGAUUGGGCAAUUACAAAUGAAACAUCCCUUUUCACCUACGACACCCAGUACUUGUUGCAUAACUUCUCCCAUGGACCAAAGCACCAUUCUUCUUUCGUGCCACUGUUUUCUCCUCCUGAAGACUCAGAUGAAACUCUCAUGCAGCAGGUGGCUUUGGUCUGCCAAGCAGAUCCUUUCUGCAGGUUUGAUGUCCUGACAACCAGAGACUUGGCUGUGGGAAACAUCACCAAGUUGUCCCAUCAGAAUUUCAGACAACUGCAGGAGAACUUACGGCCAGUGACUUCGUGUGGCUGGCUGGCUGCCCCCUCUAAUGGGGUGAAAGAAGGAACCCGUUACCUAGCAGGGUCUCUUCUCAGCUUCCACUGCCAUCCAGGCUACAGCCUUGUGGGCUCAGCAGCCAGAAGAUGCCAGGACAACGGGGCCUGGUCAGGACAACCCACCAGGUGCCUUCCCAAUGCAGGGACCGCACUGCAACUGCCACUGUUCCCCUUUGCACCCACAUUUAGCAUCCUGAACUUUGCAUUAAUCCUCUGGAUAAUCUGACAACGUAGCUACAGAAAAGACGGGGGGGAGGGGCACCACUGGUAAGACUGUAUCUCUCAGCUUCCCAUCACAAUGAAAGCAAUCUGAAGAAACUGUACUUUGGAUGACAAGCUAUGACUCUCUCAGCAACGAAACGUCAGGAGGGCAGAGCUGCCACAAAUCUAGUG